UAUGUGACUGAUUUUGCUGACCACACACUAUUAUUUUAUGUUUAUAGCAUUCACCCAUUGCAGUGACGAGGGUGGCUGCAUCCCCUUCUCCACCCGGCUCAUCUCCACAACCCAGAUCCCCUUCUCCACCCAGAUCCCCUUCUCCACCCAGAUCCCCUCCUCCACCCAGAUCCCCUUCUCCACCCAGAUCCCCUCCUCCACCCAGAUCCCCUUCUCCACCCAGAUCCCCUUCUCCACCCAGAUCCCCUCCUCCACCCAGAUCCCCUUCUCCACCCAGAUCCCCUCCUCCACCCAGAUCCCCUUCUCCACCCAGAUCCCCUCCUCCACCCAGAUCCCCUCCUCCACCCAGAUCCCCUUCUCCACCCAGAUCCCCUUCUCCACCCAGAUCCCCUCCUCCACCCAGAUCCCCUCCUCCACCCAGAUCCCCUUCUCCACCCAGAUCAGAUUCCCUGCAAGGCAUGAAAAAUAUCUUGCAGGCACUACGUGCAAAUGUAGCCGAGCUGACCCCAACUGCAAACUGUUUUAACGUAGUUAGGUCAGACAUUUUGCAGAGUGCAAUUAGAACAGUACAGAGGAGGGCAUUUAACCCGACAUGUAAAAUAGAUGUGGUGUUCAUGGACACACUAGACGGGUCCAGAGAAGGUUCCGUCGACACUGGGGGACCAACAAGGGAGUUCCUAACCCUUCUGAUGAGGGCAAUUCUGGCAUCCAGAUUCUUCGUUGGACCAGAAGACAGCAAGCACCUAAGCCUGGAUUCCAUUGGACUUAACCGGGGGACCUAUGUCACCAUUGGCAAGAUGAUCGCCAUUUGUAUUGUCCAUGGAGGAGUGGGGCCCCAUGUCUUUUCAGCGAGACUGCUCUGCCAGCUCACAGGGGAACCAGCUCCCCCUGUUGAUGUGAUGGAGAUCGAUGACGAGGAACUGAGGAGUCAGAUCCUGAGGGCAAGUUACAAAUGAAUGAAAGAAAUAUUCCUCCUUUUGAAGACCAUAUAAUAAUUUGCUUGCACAGUUCAGAUCAUUAAUGGAUCCACCUUCAAAAAUAUGUCAAGUUAUUUGAACAUACUGGUUGUCUAAUACAUUUUAACCCAUUUGAUGGAACUUAAUGGUCAUAGAGUUGUGUCAUUAUUUCUUAAGGACUCAAUAACUAUAUUUUC